AUGGUCAGAAACAUCGUCGUAUUCGGAGGGUCGUCCCAUCCGACCUUGACCGAAACAAUCUGUGAGAUCCUCGGGAUUGCACCUGGCCAAGCCCUCUUCUCGAAAUUUGCAGUCGGAGAGACCAGGGUCGAGAUAGGCGAGUCAGUCAGAGGAAAAGAUGUCUAUAUCAUACAGUCUGGUGGUGGUAAGGUGAAUGACCACUUUGUUGAGCUUCUCAUUGCCAUUUCUGCAUGCAAGACCGCCUCUGCAAAGAAAGUCACCGCUGUUCUUCCGCUCUUCCCAUAUUCACGACAGUCCGACAUACCCUACAACAAGAGUGGUGCGCCUCUAGUCAAAGGAUCGAAUUUGUCCAACAAGCUGGUUUCUGAUUCAAAUGGCUACACAUUUGACAGCAUCCCGCCUACUCCGCACCCAGACAAGUCCGAAAGCCAGGGCCUCACGAAUGGACAUCCCCUGCACAAAGCAACCUCCAAGUCACAGCUCGAUGAGGUAGAGAACAGCCCUACCUAUCAGGCCCGCUUCAGCCACUACCGUGACCGUGACGCAAGCUCACAUUCAUCAACUAAGUCAGAAUACUUUCCAGUCCAACGAAAGCGGGGAGAUUCCGCAGCCUCAGCCACCAACGGCGUCGCCAACAUUGAUUUCGCUCCACCACCAAAGAUGGACCCACAGGAGACUUUCAAACCUCGCCCGGGCUACCGACAAUGGGUCGCUCAGGCAGGUACUCUUGUGGCAGAUCUCUUGACUUGCGCUGGUGCAGACCACAUCAUCACAAUGGAUCUUCACGAUCCUCAAUAUCAAGGCUUCUUUGACAUUCCUGUUGACAAUCUCUAUGGCCGGCCCAUUCUGAAGAAGUAUAUCCAGCAAAACAUUCCAGAUUAUAGAAAUGGAGUGGUCGUUAGUCCCGACGCUGGAGGCGCCAAACGAGCAACCGCCAUUGCCGACUCCUUAGGAAUCGAGUUCGCACUGAUCCACAAAGAACGCAGACCCACCAAGAUCACCGACCGACAGAAUGCGACCAUGAUGCUUGUCGGCGACGUCACUGGCAAAGUAGCCAUUCUGAUUGACGAUUUGGCCGACACGAGCAACACUAUCACCAGAGCCGCAAAACUUUUGAAGAAAGAAGGCGCCAGCAAAGUCUAUGCGUUGGUGACUCAUGGAGUCUUGAGUGGAGAUGCAAUCGAAAGAAUUAAUGCCAGUGCUUUGGAUAAAGUUAUUGUCACCAACACGGUCGAUCAGUCUCACCAUGCUAGGAGAUGUCCCAAGCUUGAAGUGCUCGAGGUUGGUCACGUCUUUGCCGAGGCAAUCCGAAGGGUGCACUAUGGCGAGAGCAUCAGUGUGCUGUUUCAAUAUGAUUAG